AUGGAGGUUGAUUCAAAUGGUGGUGACAAUCCUUUAGUAAAUGAGGGUAAACAAGUUGAAUCUGAUUUCCGAUCCCCUCAAAAACAAGUUGAAGAACCUAAGACGGGUAUGUGUUUUAGCUUAAGGGAAGAAGUGUAUACAUUAUAUGCCACAUAUGCUAAGCAUGUUGGCUUUUCUAUAGCUCAUAGAGCACAACAUUUUGGAGAUGAUGGCAAAUUAAAAAACUUUGCAAUUGAAUGUUCUCGAACGGGGGAGAGAAAAAUGAAAUCAGAAGUGAACCCUUUGAAGCCAUCUUUGUCUUCAAAAAUUAGUUGCAAAGCAAGGAGAAGAUUAGAAAUCAAUGAUCAAGCAGGGAUUGGGGUGUCUAGGAACUAUCAUUCAAUGGUUGUUGAAGUGGGGGGAUACGUGUCAUUGACAUUUGAUGAGCGAGAUGCAAGGAAUUACAUUAAUAGAGCUAGAAGAUUAAGGCUUGGUGAAGGUGAUGCCGAAUCACUUCAAAGUUAUUUUAUGAGGAUGCAAGCACAUAGUGAGAAAUUCUUUUAUGUGAUUGAUGUUGAUAAGGAGUUUUGUAUUAGAAACUUGUUUGGGGCUGAUGCAAGGAGUCGGGCUAUGUAUGAAUCAUUUGGAGAUGUUGUUUCAUUUGACACAACUUAUCUGACGAACAAAUAUGACAUGCCAUUUGCUCUAUUUGUAGGAGUCAAUCACCAUGGACAACUUAUUUUGCUUGGUUGUGGAUUGUUAUCUAGUGACGACACCGACACAUUUGUUUGGCUAUUCAAGUCGUGGUUAAGUUGCAUGUCAAAUAAUCCUCCAAAAGCUAUCAUAACAGAUCAGUGCAGAGCUAUGCAAAAUGCUAUAGAAAUUGUCUUUCCAUAG